AUGAGCGAGGCCAGCCGGGUGUGCUCCGGCUACUACAGCCUCAACCACAGCUUCGUGGAGCCCUUCCAGUGUCCCCGGCGCGGCGAGGGGGCCACCCUCAUCUACUGCUGCGGCUUCGCCGACCUCAAGUACUGCUGCAGUGAGCCGGGCAGCUACUUCCCCUACAAGCACAGCUACAUGUGGAGCCUCAGCAUUGGAGCUCUGACUGGACUGGGAAUUGCUGCCCUUGUUUUACUUGCCUUUGUCAUCAGCGUCUGUGUUCUUUGCUACUUAUUUCUGUAUACAAAGCCUCAAAGAUUAGACACUGGCCUUAAACUUCAACACCUAGAGGCUACUUCCACUCAAGAAGGCAACUCAAAUAGAAAAACCAAAGCCCCCAGUUCAAAUUCAACAAAUGAAACAUUCUAUGAAGCUGAUGAUAUAAUUCAAGAAAAAACAAUGGAUAUGACCCAAAUCAACACUGCUUACUGUUAA